AUGGAUGCUUUUCUUACGAGGCUCACGCAGCAGGCGAUGAACUAUGCCAUUCGGUUCGCCAGCUCGGGAAUUGCUAUCACAGCCAAAUAUGCCAUCGUUCAAUCAUCUCGCUUGCUCAAAAAUGUUGACGAUGGUGAAGAGAGGGAAGAGCUUCUUACGCUACAGCACCGACUUGAAAGCAAGAUACAGGUUAUUUCUCCUGCUAUUGAUAUGAUUGAGCUCAUUGCUGCAAGAGGCAAUACAUCGCUGGAGUCUGCCGUUUUCCUUACGAAAUCGCUUCGAUGGGAUAUCCAAUCUCUUGGGCAGCGAUUGGCAAAGACUGCGUCGUCCGAAGAGCUCUACUUGAAAGGGGCAAAUCCCAACAGAGACCGCUCCCAGCACAAGGCAGAGAUUAAGCUCAUUAUCAAAGAUAUCAAGAAGCUUCUCGUCCGCAUAGAAGAUGCAGUGCCGCUUAUGAACUUGGCCAUCACGACAUCCGGUGCCAAACUAUCAACGAAUCUUCCAUCGAGCGUGUCUCCAUCUCGACUGCUCCAGGCGAGCACCUUCCUGACUGCUGGCGAUACCCAGUACUCUAUGUAUCCAUCCCAAGCCGUUCAAAUUGGCCCUACGUUCACUCUAUCGAUGUACAUGCUUUUUGCCAGUCACCUUCGCCCGCACGACGAGGAAGGUAUCCGCGAAGCAACCUGGAAGGAGGUCAUGCAUAAGGCACGUAUAAAGCUCCGGAGAGUACCUAUGGAUCUGGCCGCUCUUCCCCAGUCUCAGAAACAGCAUUUCCAACUCACCGCCGAGGCAAGAAUGGACGAGUUCGCCUAUCAGGUGUUGAUCAUCGAAGACUUGGAUGACGGGAGAGUUCAUACUUUCGACGAAAGUGAGCCCCAACCUCACAGUUACGAAGGUAUCGCCACCGCCGGAAUACGCGAAAUUCUUCCCAUACACGAAAUAUCGAAGAUAUUCUACGCAGAUACCGGCAAGAUCUUGAACAUUAACACCGAAGGAGAAACAAAUAACCCGGUGCUAUUGCUGAAGAGAGAUAUAAAUGCUAUUCCUCCCCGACGUAUGGUCGAGCGAGACGAAGCAGAGUCUGGUCUCGCUCCCGAGGUUUCACAAGACGAUGAUGAAGUAGAUGAAAUCCAAGCUCAGCUGGAUGCUCAACUCAAUGAGGCGAACGCCCACCCCACGCAUGCUAGCUUUCACAAAAGCUCUAUACCCGAGGAGUGGCGGUUACCAAAAGAUCUGGACCCUGAGUGGAUUGCAUUUGAAGUAUACAAUGAAGAAGACUCGUCGGAUUCCGAAUCGGAAGUAGAGGACCCUAAAUCCCCGUCCGACGAAGGUUCCAUCGACCCUGAAUUGAUGGCAAAACUUUCUCUUGACUCAAACGACAAGUCAACCACACCCACACCAUCUAAACGACACCGAGGCGCCUCUCAAUUUUCCUCACAACGCAUAUCUACAGCAACUGUUGCGAACCCCCAUUUCAACAACAUUCGUACCUCUCUUUCACUCCUGGAGACGCUACUCCGUCUUACCUCCUUGCAACAAUUCCAGCAGCAAUCGCACUUAUCCAUUAGCGAUGAGCUCCUGAAUUUCUUCCUAGAGGAAUCAUCAACCACCGGUGCCGGUGGCGACGAACAACACCGUCAACGACUACGCACCGACGCGAGACGCAGGGUCGGAUGGGACCCCUACGACGAAAGCCCAGUCAAGCGACGAGGUGAAGACUAUCAAUACGCAUGGGCACCAGAAGGCACUCCCCUAAGAUUCUCACGCGAGACAAGCGAGUACCCGUAUUCGCCCAGUGAUAGGGCCCGAGGAUAUCAACUCCGUUCCCGAGAGAAUACUCCAGAGACGACACCAUUGCGUUACGGGCGCGGCACCUCCGUACAAUCAGACCUGAAGCGUGGCGCUAGACGCGGACCGUCAUCCCUUGCCAACGAGAGGUCAAGAGGAGAGUCGCCUCUUUCUCGAAAGUCCACUCCUGGACCCAUUGACGGAGCUGGUUCUGAUCCCGAAGGUUUCCCCGAAGAUCAUGUCGAAGCUUAGAUCCCAAUGUCCAACAAGCACAUGACGAACGUUACGACCACGAUACUGAUGCGAUUGAAUUUGUACAUGGGGAAUGACACUGCACUGUGUGAAUAGACUUCUCAUAUCAAUAAAUAGACCACACGUCCUGCAAUCUACCCUAAAAACCUAAAAGCAGGUGUAUACGACACAAACAAGAGACAAGAAAGCAACACACGCGACUGCUAAUACCGGGGGACUUAUCGCGAAGGGA